ACCCAGCUCGUCACGUUCGUCUGCUGCAAAACGGGACCCAGUUCCGCUAACAAGCAUUCCGUAAAAGAUAUCACCAACACCCAAUCACAUAGCUCUGCGUUAGUUUUUUUUUUCUUUGUAGGCGCGUUCUUCUUGCGCUAGUUAGAAAACUAAAAGACCACGGUCGUGUUCUGUAGUGAGAGGCUAACUUGUAUUCCCAAAUAGAAGGAAUUAUACAAAGGACUACAUCACUUUUAAAGGUCCAUAUUAUUUUCAAACUAUGGAGUUCAAUCACAGAGGCGAGUCAUGAGAUUCAAGCAUUUAAAAUUUGCGACAUAACGCCAUUCUACCGACGAUCUGAACCACAGAACUCAGUCAUGAAACUCAAGUGCUUAAAAUUACGACGCAACGUUCUAUUGCCAAUCUUCGGCCUCAAUCUAAUCUGCUUCAUGAUUAUCUUCCUAGAGAAUGUGAAAUUCUUUCAGCUGGCAAUACUGACAGAAACGAAGCUGCCAACCACAACCGCUCUUACAGCCGUUCCCACCACUACCACAACCAUUAACCCGACUUUGGCUAGGAAGCUAGAGAAGAUCAAGGUCGACCUUAACGACUCUCAGCUGACACAGGAAACGAUGUUCCCUUGGCGAAAUAUCGGCAGGUACCUCAUGCUGGACCCUUACCUCUGCAAGCGAGGCGUUGAGUCCCUGGACAUCAUUCUCAUCGUGCACACGGCCCCGGCCAAUCUUCACAGAAGGCAGCGGAUCCGUGAAACGUUCGGAAACGAGUCGUUCUUUCUGCCUUUCCGAAUCCGAGUGGCUUUUCUGUUGGGGAAAACCCAGAACAAAACAUUGGAGAGGGUGCUGUGGUUUGAACACGUGACCUACAACGACACGGUGAUGGGGGACUUUCUCGACAGCUACUACAACCUUUCGAUCAAAGGCGUCAUGGGAUACCGCUGGGUCAGCCAGUACUGCUCUAAUUCCAAGUACGUCUUUAAGAUAGACGAUGACGUCAUUGUGAACAUGUUCAAACUGCUGUACUCCUUCUACAACCACAUGAGCGGGAAGCGGAAGUCCAUCUUCUGCAAUCUGUGGUACAAAGGCACCAUGCCGAUCCUCCGCUCCGGAAAGUGGAAGGUGGAGUCCAACGUUUUCGCCAAGUAUAAAACGUUCCCGUUCGACUACUGCAGCGGUUUUGUGGUCAUCAUGACCACUGACCUCAUGCGGCCAAUGUACUUGGCGGCGCAAAAUACUCCCGGGUUUUGGAUAGACGACGUGUACCUGUUUGGCAUGCUGCCCCACGUCGUGGGUGGCGUCACCUACUACAACUACGCCCUUAACAAAAACUUGACCCUUGAUGUGAAGACUGCCAUCAACUGCACAAAGGCGGAAGGGCCAAAGUGUGGCAUUGUUGCAAGCGUUACACCUGACAAUGAUUUCUGGGGCUAUUGGCAACUCAUUAAAAAUAUGUACGCCUCUGAAUCUUGGAAUGUGGAGAACAAAGUCGUCAUUUGAAACUAGAUACAAUGGGGCAGUACUUCAUCAGGGAGUACUACGACACACAGGGCCGCGUCGGGGAAGUAGAGACAGUAGACCACAUUCUUUAAGAAUGUCGCGUUCUGCAUGAAGGGCGAUCGGGACGAGGAUUUAUAGAGAGAGAAUACUGGUCCAUGUGCGGCAUAAGGGCUGUCCUUGUACGGGGGCAAGGCGACCUUACAAUUCACUGCCUGCUUCCUCUUCCGUGCUCUAAGGGAGUAAUUCUCAGCAUGAUUCGUUACCAGUGGGGUUUCUGAUUGUUUACCUCAUCAAGGUACAAUCCAAAGAAACAAGCCUUCAACGAAGAUGAGAUUAAAAAGUGUUAAAUUAAGACAUUCACCUGGUCUUUCAUUUGUUUGCGACAUUGGUAAAAACUCUAAUAACCCAUAAAAUCAAAAAUUUUUAGCAUUUACGAAAUACUUCCGAAAAAUAAAAAAGGUGUGUGUGGGGGUAUCUAGGAGGCCUUCGUGCUGCUCUUGAGCACUAAGUAAAGACAACUCUGCUCGAGUAGGGUGUUGAACUCGUGCCCCCCCCCCAACCCCUCAAUCAUUUUCCAAGCCUCUCACCACCACAUUCCAUAUCCUGGGUCGUCUUACAUCUGGCUACAUUUUCCUUACCUUUAAUUUAUGAAAGUCUUGAAUCAAUAAAGCCUUACAUUCGGAAAUUCCCGAACGGGAUUGGCUUUCAAGAACUCGAUAGUCUUUUCAAAACCCAUGUCGGAUCUAGAUCUAGACCUAAUUCUGUAUCCAACCUUAAAUGUAUUUCUUUUUUUUUUUCUUGUUUUAUUUUUACGAAAAGUUAAGAGUUUUAUCUUUGUGGCCAACGAGCUAGUAACUUUUUUCUAACGACAUACAGAAACUCUCAAAUUUCUAGGAAGUUCGACAUCAUGACAUGAGAUAACGGUGUAAUAUUUAAUGUAAAAAAACAAAUUGCGGACACAAAAUUGAGAGCCUUCUACAAGUUAGGCCCGAAGGGAUCUUAAUAUUUGGACCCCCCCCUAACCUU